UGCGAUCAUCCUCGCGCGACAAAGAUGACCGUCGACGCCGCCCCUGCCGCGAAGAAGGCCAAGAAGGCGAAGGACAAGGACAAGGCCGUGGCGGAUAUGCAGCCCGUCGAGGUUAGCGCUGACGAGGGCAAGAGCAAGAAGCGGCGCGCGGAGGAGGGCGACGACAGCGAGCGAAAAAAGAAGAAGAAGCGGAAAGAUAAGGAGGAAAAGGAGGAGCAAGCGGAUGUGCCGAUGGAGGUGGACGGGACGAACGAUGCUGAAUCUGAGGCUGAGUGGAAGAGACGGAAAAAGGAGAAGAAGGAGAGGAAACGCAAGGAAAAGGAAGAGAAGGAGGCGAACAAAGAAGAAACUCUAGAGCCCGCCCUUCCUACAGUAAAACUGGACGCUGACUCAGGCAAGAAAGAGAAGAAGAAAAAGGACAAGAAGCACAAAACUGUCGCCAACCAACCCGAAAAAGCCCAAGCCUCGUCUUCCACCUCUGCAGCACCACCACCUACUUCCGAGGCCGCCGCCGCCUUUCUCAAAAAGCACUCGAUAACUAUAACCACGCCCCCAGUCCACACGGCUCUCCCGCCGGUUACUGCAUUCCCACAACUGGCCAUCCCCGAUGCGCUUCGAACAUCAUUUGAAGGCUUUAAGGAGCCGACGCCGAUCCAGGCGUGCGCGUGGCCUCACGCGCUGCUAGGGAGGGAUGUGGUGGGGAUUGCUGAGACGGGGAGCGGCAAAACACUUGCAUUCGGCAUCCCUGCGCUUGCCCGUCUUCUCUCCUCCCCUCCCCCACCCAAAACCGGGGGCACGAGUACAGUUAGCGUGCUCGUCGUUGCCCCCACCCGCGAGCUUGCCUUGCAAACACAAGAAACACUCGCUGCUCUCGGAGCCCCGCUCGGCAUUGGGAGCGUCGCUGUCUUUGGCGGGGUGCCCAAGGAGGGCCAGAUAAAACAGCUUCGAAACCUGCAUAAAGCAGCGACGACAACUCGAGUUAUUGUCGGCACGCCGGGCCGCAUACUGGACUUGGUGCAGGAGGGCGUGUGCGAUUUGAGCGGAGUAAAUUAUCUGGUUCUGGACGAGGCGGACCGGAUGCUUGACAAGGGCUUCGAGAACGACAUUCGGAAUAUCAUUGAGAGGACGCGGCAGGGGAGCGAGCGGCAGACCAUGAUGUUCAGUGCAACAUGGCCCGAUGCUGUCCGCCGGCUCGCGGCGUCGUUCCAGCGCGACCCCGUGCGAGUCACGGUUGGCAGCGACGAUCUUACUGCGAAUAGUCGUGUGGCGCAGUCGGUCGAGGUGUUUGAUGACGCGCGGUCGAAGGAUUCCCGUCUACUAAACCACCUCCGCCAACUUGGCCACAAAAAAGGCGCGGGACGAACUGAUGCGCGUGUGCUCGUGUUCGCGCUGUACAAAAAGGAAGCCUCACGGGUAGAAAAUCGGCUCAGACAAGAAGGCUACAGCGUCGGCGCGCUGCACGGGGACAUGUCGCAAACUGCGCGACUGGACGCAUUAGAAAAAUUCAAGACUGGGACCACGGGCCUGCUUGUCGCGACCGAUGUUGCUGCGCGGGGGCUGGAUAUACCCGAUGUUGCGGCGGUGAUCAACUACACGUUCCCGCUGACGAUCGAGGACUACAUCCACCGGAUCGGGCGGACGGGCCGCGGGGGCAAAACGGGCAAGUCGAUCACGUUCUUCACGGGGGAGAACCAUGAGCGGGCGCUGGCGGGGGAGCUCGCGCGGGUGCUGAGGGAGAGCGGGUUCGAGUGCGAGGGCCUGAAGAAGUUCCCGAUGACGAUCAAGAAGAAGGAGCACAGCGCGUAUGGCGCGUUUUUCAGGGACGAUAUACCGAUGCCGGCCGCACCAACGAAGAUCGUGUUCGAUUAA